AAUACACGAAAAAGUCGGCUUUGGUAGAGUCAACGGGUUUACAGGUCCGUAGUUAUUUUUCCACUAAAUUGUCUUUUUGUUUUUUGUUUGUUUUAAAUAAUUCUGUGUCAUUAUUACUAUUAGACCAGGCAAAAUCUGACAUGUGGGAAUUCACACUUAUUGUACUUUAUUGUGCGGCGACUCAGAUGACGUCAACUGAAAUUACAGUGGAUUGCCAGGAACACCAUUUUUUUCCCAAUACUAGCAUUCAUGCACCAUCAAAAGUGGCUGGCUUGAUAGUGGACUUGGUGACAGAUGACGAAAAAGACGUCCUCAACAUAAGCUGGGCAAUCAACAUCGAUGCUAGUACCAAAAACCUGGAGGGCACGCGGAUCGACAUUUCGGGGGAAGCAACCCUGCUCUGUAAAUACAGCCCUCCUUUUGCUAAAGCAAACCUCACUGGGUUGAAGCAGGAAUGGUUUCAUCAUCCAGUAAAAGUAAGCUAUGGUUCUUACAACAUAGAGGUAUCCAAUGAGCCGUUGCCACCAUUGGGGAGCGGGGGUACUUCAGAGUCUAAAAGUCUUGUGGUCCCUCGUAGAAAACAGAGACAUGUUACAACCAUGUCUACGACAGUAACUACAGACUUUAGACUUUCUGGCCUGAGAAUUGUGAUCAUCUUGGGAGUACUGGCAGUUUUGAUGAUCCUUAGUUCCUGCUACUUCAUCUAUAAAAAGUGUGGAGCCUCAUUUUUGGGUUUCACAGAGCUUCCUUCAUUUUCCAAAGACCCUGUCCCUGUGCUGGUCGUCUACCCCGCCGAGAACGCUGUAUUCCAGCAGGCCGUGGUGGCCCUGGCAGAGUUUCUGCAGCGGGACGGUGGCUGUCGCGUCGCCAUCGACAUGUGGCAGCAGGAGAGGAUUGCGGAGCUGGGGCCCAUGCGCUGGCUAGCAGAGCAGGCUGACGCUGCACACUGCGUGCUCAUUGUGUCCCCGCGGGUAGAAACUCCUUCCUCGCGGCUUCGGCCCUCUUCUCCGGACCGAGGCCUUCCAGGGAUUUCCAUCCCAGCGGCGGCUCAUGACCUUUACCUCCUGACUCUUAACAUGGUGGCGAGCCACGCAAAGAGCGCCAACAAGCUGUCCAGGUUCAGGGUGGUGCAGCUGAAUGAGCGGGACAGCCGGGUUUGCGCGUUGCCUCCAGAACUAAGGGCAUGCAAGACUUUUUGGUUGAUGAAGGAUUUGGACAAACUUUGCAGGACUAUUCAUGCCCAGAAGCAGGUUGAGAAAAGUAUAUCCUGCUUGAGGUUUAGAUCAGGGCAUUACUACGGUAAAAAGAGCACGUUGAAGUUGGGGGAAGCUGUGGAAAGGCAAAGGGGACUACAUCCAAGUAUCUCAAGAGAGAAGCAACCGCCACUGUUUGAACACAUGGGAAGAAAAAACCUGACUAAUAAAUGUGUUGAUGCCACUAAUGGUUUGUUUUAUGAAUAGUUUGCUUUAGACUUCUUAAUCUGUUGUUAACCAGCUCAGAAUCUGCUAGAUGGGAACAUUAUGCCAUUAGAAGCCUCUGUGGGUCUCGUUAAUGAGACAAUGCAAAGACUGAGGGUUUUAAAUUAUUGCAGAUGUGAGCUGCAACGGCUGCAGUGAAAUAGUUCUGUGUAUAAGUGAAGAAUAGAAAAAUCCCAAGAACGGUGGAGAUGAGCCAAGCUGACCCUAAAUCAGUCCAGACACAUACCAUACACAGCAGGGUGAGACUAUUUAAAAAUGGUUUAGUGUUUCAGUUUUACUGAAGAAUGAAUCCACAUGUUCAGUGGCUCUAUUGUGUGAGGAUGUCUUAUGAAACGCACUACUACACUUUUCCCUAUAUAUGUUUUAAAUAUUUUGUGGACAUGUUUUAUUUUAUUAAUGCAUUCUAUUUUUUUAAACGUGUUUCUUUAAUUAAUUAACUCAAAACUCAAAAAAUGGCAUGCAGUGUCAGAAUCCGGGUCACUGACUCUAGAUAACUUGCUGUUGAAAGUACCUAAUAAACCUUUUACUUUUUUUAAACUUUUUGAUGAGAAUAUUUGUUGGAUUUGUAAAUUUUCUUGUAAAAUCAAAACAAGCCAGCAUAUGUUAAAUUGUGCAAACUAUAAUGUUUAGUUAAUUUAAUUGUAUCAUCUAAUUAUCAAGUUAUUCAAUUUUUCCGCUCUUC